AUGCUGUUCAAAUUUGAAGAUUUCAGAACGUAUGUUUACAGGAAGACAGUGAGAAUGUUUAACCUGUACCAGCAUAUGAAAGCUGGGGAAACGAAGGAACAGAAGGAACCUGAAACGACUGGGCAUGAUAGGUUUUACCAGGAACGGUCUAGAUCUAUUUAUAGAAAGAAGAAGCGUCGCGGAGCGUGUCGGAGGGCGCAGUCAGCUGCUGAACUUAACCCUGAAUCUGUCGCCGCUGCGAAUAAAAGAGAUGCGUUCCGCAUACGAUCCGUGUCCACAGACAAAAGUGAAAGCGAAGAGGAAAGUUCAGAACGAGCUCCACUCGUCGCUCAAAAAAUCGAUUCCCUCGCGAAGCUGUUGUUCAACAAAUCCUUGAUGGGUUCAGGAUCGGGGAAAUCGUCUCCUUCGGAGCCUACAUCUUCACCCAGACUGGCAGAACAAUCGAUGGAAAGCUCGGUAGCUUUGGCUAUUUGUAAUGAAUAUUUAUCGCAUACUACGAGGUACAGCAUGAUAUCCCGUCUGAACACAAUCGGUUCGCGCGCGAACAAAAAAUGGUUUGCGAUUCACGAUAAUUCCAUUAAAACCGACCGCCUCCUCAUAUUGAUGCCCCUAUCCAGCAAAUGUGCCAUAGAACAGGACGAGCAUUCCCGCGGUCUCAUCAUGGAACUGUUCCGAGCGUUGCACCAUCCCUACAUCUACCCCGUGUUAGAUCUCGAACUAUGCAAUGGACACGCAUUAGCCGUGCUGCCGUAUAACUCCAGGGGAAGUCUAAAGGAUCUCAUUUACAAGAGCACGUGGAGUGAGGAUUACAGUCGUAAGUACAGCUCAACAGGAACAGGCCUGCCCGCCACUCAGGUUGCAAGAUUUGGACGUCAGAUUCUGGAAGGGCUACUGUUCCUCAAGGAGAAGGGAUUCCCGCCCUUUCGUCAUCUGCACUCCGGAAAUGUGAUGGUCCAAAAUGGCGUAGCACGUCUCUGCGGUCUCGAGAACACACUAGUGGGCGCGACUCCGCGGCAGCCGGCGCGUUCAGCGGCACUCGAGCGCGUGGAGAUUCUGUCUCUGGGCCACGUGCUCUUCGAGAUGUGCGCUGGAACUGACACCGACCUUACUCUGUUGCCAGAUCUGGCGAAUAAUUACUCGCAAGUCGUUGACAUCAUAGAAAUGAUCUUCAGCCCCCACCCGCCCACUCUACAUGAGCUACUUCUCUGUGAACUAUUCCGGAAAAUUGAUUUGCGAGAAAUGAAAGGAUCUUGUUUACCCAACUUCAGCCAGCGCCUCUCCCGCGCGUGCCUGUCCCUGCUGGGCGAGGUCGCUCGCCGGCAGCAGGCGCCCGCGCGCCACCCGCCCACCCCACCGGGAACCCCGCCCGCGCGCAGAAGAUAUCAGCUAGAUCAAGAUUACACCGAGGAGUGGCAAUGGUAACAACGACAUAUAGAGUUUCAUUGAAACAAUAAUUAAAAGACAUACUUUACAAAA